CGGCUUGCCGCACCCCGCACACACCGCCGACCGAAUUCCCACCGUACUGCCUGGGCAGCGCUGUCGCCGUCGUGCGUGGGGAAACCAGCACUGUACCAAGGUUUAUCUACACUCUUCUCAGCCUGGGAAUCAUCAUGUGCUUGCUGACCUGCUUGGGCCACAUCGCCGCUGAAACUGCAAACAGCCCCUGCCUGUCUUGUCACGUGAUCUUUGUAUUCUUGCUUGUGAUAUUGGAAGCUGCAAUCGUCGCCGAUGUAUUUCUGAAUAGCUACUGGGAGGAGGACAAAUCCCACCAGAUAUAUAUUGUUGGUCACUUUGCUUGCUGGAUCAAUAUAUUGCUGGAUAUAUAUUGUUGGUCAUUUUGCUUGCUGGAUCGAUCAAUAUAUUGCUGGAUAUAUAAGCCAUCUUGCUGCUGCUCGCUGAAGCAUGCAGGGAAAAAAAAUGAUAUUUGGCAUAUAAACCGAGUGUCCCAGGGACAUGGCACCUGGCUUAUAGGCAUAUUAUGCCACGGGGAGAUGUAUAAGCCGAGUGUUCCAGAUGCAGGCACCCGGCUUAUAGGAUAUGUUUAACAUCGGAUGUCCUAUAAGCCGUGUACAAAGGCACCCGGCUUAUAUUUAAACCGUGCAGCUCGUGUAGACACUAGGUUUAUAUUUAAACCGUGCGGCUCGCUUAGGCAAUCAGUUUAUAUUUAAACCGUGUAGCGCUCGUGGGCACUCGGUUUAUAUAUAAACCGUGUGGCUCAUGCAGGCACUCGGUUUAUAUUUAAACCGUGUGGCUCAGUUAGGCACUCGGUUUAUACUGACGGUGACACGUGGCCGUUAUCUCGCGGCUGCCGUCAUGUUACUUUAGUAAGCCGAGAGCCUCGUAUAAACACACGGAUUAUACGUAAACCAUGUGUUUUCCCACUGGCACUCGGCUUAUAGCGUAUAAGCCGAUCAAGUGUAAACCGUGUCAUAUAAGCCGGGAGUUUGACUCGGCUUAUAUGUAAACCGAGUUUAUAUUGACAUAAGCCGAGUUCUUUGGAUACACGGCUUUAAAGUUUUUUCC